AUGAAAUACAUGAAUUCACUUCAAGGCACAAACAUUUUCAAAGCCCCGAAAUCAGAUUUGAAACAUUCUCAUGAAUUCACAUUUUGAUUAAAAUAUACUGUAAAGACUAAUUUUUGCACUUAUUUUAAUGUGUUUAUUUUUAUGAAAACUAAAAAAUGUGGAAAUAUCAUGUUUAUCUACUGAAAAAGAAAUAUUAUUAUAAAAUAA